CAACGGCACCGGAAUGAUGGAAUGUACCGUAAGGGUCCGCAAGCUUAACCGAACGACGGCAGCUCUAUCGGGGAAAAUUAUCCAAACUGUGGACAUUGGAGACAGUUUUGAGGCAAAUCUCCGCCGGCACACAAACUUUCGGAUGCGUGGGCGUCUUCAUCAUCAUCAUCGUCGUCUGGCAACUGGCAACAAGGCAAAGAAGCUGUCGUGUGCUGAGGCGACAGCUCCAAACUGGGACACGUGUCAGCUGCAGCAGCAGCAGCCUCAACUUUCGAGCCAGCCAGCCAGACUCGGAGCAGAGGGAAAAGUUGGUGUAAUAUGUGUAUUUACGUGGCUUUUUACCACCAAGGCGACGUUGUCGGGAACGGCACAAGUUUUAAAGUAGAGGAAAUGCGAGACUUUUCUGUUGAUAUCAUACUUAAAUCAGAGAGGAAAAAAAAAUUACGA